CACAACGGGGUGCCAAACGACCGGGUACCAAGCCGGCAAGGAGGGCCUAGUACCCAAAGAGAAUUGGCUAAGUAUGGAGCCAUAGGGCAUCAAGCCGACAGGCUUGAUAGCCAAGCAAGGCGACAAGGUACCAUGCCCCCAAGGUGGUAUCAAGCCGGCGAGACUGACUUAGUGGCUAGGCAACGGGGGCCAAGCCAGGUACCAACUAAGAGAGUCAUACAGAAACUAAGUAUGGAGACCAAGCCACCAGGACUUGCUUGGUAGCAAGGGGUGUCAAGUUGAUUACAUGGGCUUGAUGGCAUGUCGGAAGGUAUCAAGCCGAUGAGCUGCCAAGGGUCGGAUCGAGACCUCAUCAUGGAGGCAAGGUUGAGGGCUUCAACCUCAUCCAGUCAAGACAAGGUGACAAGAUCAACACCAACCCAACCCGGCAUUGAGGCCAUCAAGUACCCACCAACCCCAAGACGGGACAAGGGCCUCCAAGGCGAUGGAUACCAACCAGUCAACAAGACGGGUCAAGGAGCUCCAAGGCAAUGGAGGUGAAGAUCAAGACAACGGUUACCAAUUGGCAACCAAGGCAACGUAAAGGGGUCCAUAAGGCGGUUAGAGCAACAAGACGGAUAUAAGUUACCAAGGCAGUUACUCCUAGAAGCUAUAAAUAGAAGAAACGAAGAAGAAGCAAGGGUUCCACAACCAAACAUUUGACGCACAAUGUCAAAAUUUAUCUUUUCUCUGCAAAUCAGCUUUUAGUCUUUCGGAGCUCUCACUGAACCUCCAUAGGAGUAGAGUAACUUAGAUUAUUCCCAAAAACCAUCAAAAACAUCAAACACCCUCGUUCGAACAUUGUUCGGAGAGGUGUGAACCGUGUUGAUUGUCGUUGUUCCAGAAGUCAAAGGUGCAAUCAUUUAAUUCAAACACCAGUUUUUCCUCGCCGGAAAACAAAUUGGCACACCUGGU